AUGUCGCAGGAUUCCCUGGAGGACCAUAACAGUGGUGAUCUCGUCGUCAAGAUCUUAGCAUUACUUCAGAUUUCGUGGAUGUUCAUUCAGCUCGGCGUACGACUAGGUCGAAAGUUCCCAACAAGCCAGCUGGAGAUCUUUACCCUGUCUUUCGCAAUUUGCUCCUCGAUCACAUAUAUCAUGUUAAUCAAUGCUGGCCCACUGGGCUCCGGUCCCAAAAGCAGCGUCUGGAUCCCCAAUGACGCCACGCACAGAGAUGUCCUAAGGAAAGUGCCAGGAUAUGUGAUGAGCAUGGCUUGCUUGUUUGCUCUGGUGCUCUUUGGUGCUGCCCACUGCGUAGCAUGGAACUUUGAGUUCCCUACAGCGCUGAAGAAACUAUUCUGGCGUCUGAGUUCGGUUGUCACGACUGCUGCCAUGCCAUUUGCCUAUCUGCUUAUUCAAAUCUUGGAUCCAAUUUCGGUGACGGUGUUUAAGGUCGAAAGCCAACCAAGGAUACUGGAAUAG